AUGAUAUUUGACCUUUUUCACUUUGUUUCAACUUCUGCAAGAGCAAUGUGGUCACAUUCAGAGCUUGAAAGAAUCUCCUUUCAGAUUCGUCGACCCGAAAUCAUGGAACCGCCGGCGAAUAAAGUCACAGAAUCUAUUGCCAACUGGUCACAGAGCGUGACCCUUGACUUGCUCCUUCGACGAGAACCCAUCCGCACACGACAAUCCACGACGGGAAAGCUGUCUAGAAAUUACACGCCUACCGCCCUCAAUACUCCUCCUUUCAAUGCAAACUCCGAUCCUGGCGCAUCCUCCGACUCGCAAACACCGCACACACACCCUUCUCUAGACGCAACCCAUUCCGCUAAAAUGCUGGACACUACCUGCUCUACGUUUAGUCACAGGAUGUUCUACUUGAAUAAAUCUAGUGGGAGUAAGAAUUCGGAUUGUGAUGAACAAACGAGGCGUGGAGAGCAAAGUGGAAGGGGCGGCCACGAAAGCGACUCUCCCUUAGACUGCAUGGUGAUGACCUGUGCUUAG